CCGUGAGGGAGUAUUUCCUGUUUCUAUUGAACGUCAACCGUUCUGUUAUUACUAAAUAUUCUAUUUUCUGUUUUAUUUAAGGUUUACUCACACAAAAAUGUCGCUCGCAGGACUUAAGAAACAAAUUAAUAAAGCUAAUCAGUUCAUGAGUGAGAAGAUUGGAGGGGCCAAAGGCACUGAGCUGGAUGAGGAAUUUAUUGAGAUGGAGCGGAAAAUUGAUGUGAUGGGCAAACUUGCGGAUGAUCUUAUCACCAAAACACAGGAGUUCCUACAACCCAACCCUGCUUCUCGUGCCAAGUUAUCCGCUGCAAGCUCCAUAGCCAAGCUUCGUGGCCAGGCUAAGAACGCCCUAUACCCCCAGCCAGAAGGUACCCUGGGGGAACACAUGCAGAAACAUGGACAGGAUCUGGGCGAGGCCUCAACCUUUGGCCAGAGUCUGCAGGAGGCCGGAGAGUCAUUCAAGCGUCUGGCAGAGGUGAAGUACUCCCUGGAGGAGAACGUGAAGCAGAACUUCCUGGAGCCCCUGUCACACCUGCAGAGCAAGGACCUCAAGGAAGUCAAUCAUCACAGAAAAAAGCUGUCUGGACGCAGACUUGAUUUUGACUGCAAGAAGAGGAAGAAGGACAAAGAGGCAGGCAAGGCUGGAGGGUCAGCCAUCACUGAGGAAGAGCUGCGUAUUGCAGAGGAGAAGUUUGAAGAGUCCAAACAGCUCACUGAGACAGCCAUGCACAACCUACUGGAGAACGAUGUGGAGCAGAUAGCCCAGCUACAGGCAUUUGUAGAGGCCCAAACUGAGUAUCAUCGGCAGGCCCUUGACAUCCUACAGGAACUGGGAGAGACACUGGAGUCUAGACGCAAUGAAGCAGCUUCGAGACCAAAACCUGACCACAUUCCAAAGCGUGUUGCAUCAAGCUUUCGCCGCAGCCCAUCUCCAUUUGAGGACAACCAUUCUGGCAGUUACAACUUCAACAAUACUCCUGCAUAUGCUUCCAACUCUGCAAAGGUUCAGAAGGAGGCAUGUGCAGAGGCCCUAUACGACUUUGAGCCCGAGAAUGAGGGUGAACUAGGCUUCCAGGAGGGCGACAUCAUCACACUCAUUGCUCAGAUAGACGAGAACUGGUUCGAGGGAUCUGUUAGGGGCAAAAAGGGCUUCUUUCCAAUAAACUAUGUAAAAGUUGUAGUGCCCUUGCCCUAGGGGCUACUCUACCUGUAGGCUUGUUUUCAUGCUGCUUUGGCCUAACAGUUGCUGCUUCACCUGGCUCCGGUCUGAACUGCCUCAUUGAAAUAGAACACUUCAUGCAAUGUAUGUGUGUUUACAAUAGCUUUGAAGAUAUUCUUCCUCGUACUUAAUGUCUGCAUUUGUAUGAUAUAUUUAUUGUUAGUUUGUAUUUGUAUUCUGUUGAGCAGAACCAGUUAUUUAUUGUUUUGAAACAAGACCUCUUGAUGGUAAUAUCUCUAUUUUAUUCAAGAACGUUUUGUUGAUUACUCUAAAUGCAACAUUCAACAAGUUUUUUAGGAGACCAAAGCAUAUGCCAUACAUUGUCAUCGGGCCAUCAGGACCCUACAGUUUUAAAGAAUACAUAUACCUUAUAUAUUGUCAUUGGGACAGGAGGGUUCCCUCAGUCAGUAGCUGAUUCUGGUUCAAUUGGGAUUAGAUCAGCUGUGGGUUAGUUUCGUUGUCAUCUGUCCAUUGUGUCCUGAUUAUAAAAUCACAUUCUUGCCCUUCUACAUUGUUUAAAAAUCAAUGCAUUUUAUACAAACAAUUCAUUAGCAGUAAGCUAUGUCUGGUAUACGGGUUUCAUCGUUUAAAAACAAAGAAAUUCAAUUAUGUGGCAUUUCUUUAAGUUGAGGGUGAUGCUGUUAGCUUAAGAAUUAAUCUAAACACUUGCCAUAUUUUCUUGAAUUGGACUUGUUAACUUACCACUGUUUCAUUUAAUACCAUAAAGUAUGUUAUUUGACUUUGGAAUGCAAUCACAUUAAAUCUGUGUUUGCAUUUCUGGUUUUUCUUUUGCUUGUUUGAAUGCUUUUUGUGUAAAACCUGUUCUUUUGGAUCUGAUAGUUAUAUUAUUUGUUUACCAUAAUUUCUGUGUGUGUUUGGACACUUGAUUAUUUAAAACAACACAUCAAUUUUGCUUACAUCAAUUUUGCUUUCAAAAUAUGCGAAGAAGAAAUACAUCAAAUUAAUUAUAAUUGGCAUUUAAUUGCAGUGUGAUUUACAAUGCAUGUUUAGUUAUGAAUAAACCACAAUUUAACAUAUUAAACAUUUAAUCAUCAUUAUGUAACACAUUUUGAAUUUAAUUAUUAUUAUCACCAUGGAAAUAACUUUUUGCUUUAAUAUCAGUUGUUAAUAAUUUAAUAUUCUAUUUUUAUUUUAUUUUUUAUAUUUAUAUAUAAAUUGAUUUAACUGGUAAUCAUUUGUUUAUGAAACUUGUAUGUUAAAUACUGUCUUAUAUUUUUUUAUUGGACUACAGAUUGUUCAUUCCUGAGGUUCAAUUUAAUAAGUUGUCUGUAUUUGACCAUUAUAAAACAGUGAAGUUGCAGUUCAUUAUAGCUUGUAACAGCAAGAAUGACAUAUAUAUUGUUACAGACUAAAAAUGUAUAAGAUACUGUGAUGGGGCCAACUCUUCUGAAAUGAGUUGCAGAUUUAUAAUGAAACAUUCCCAACUUCUCUAGUUAGCUCAUACACUGCAAUUUCCUCAGAUAACUGUCUAUUUACAUGUAGUGUCCUUUUGUUGCUGACGAAAUUGUAAUUCAAACUGGCAGACACUGUUCCACAUUUUUUGAAACUUAAAAAAUCAUAUUUUUUAUGUUUCCCAAUAUGAAGAAUGAUAUAGAAUUAUAUUUUCACCAAAUACCUGCAGGUCCCGAUGUUUAUACAGUAACUAUUUUACUUCAAUUUUUAGAAUCUAGAAUGUGGCUUUUUGCCUUAUAGCCCAGCUAUAACUAGUCUAGUUUCUCAAGUCUCACUGUUCUGUCUCCACUAUCAGUCUAACCUGUCUAUAAUAUGUAAACACAGUGAGAUUAUGUACUGCAUAUUUUGUUUGUUUCCCUGUUACAUGUUAAACUUACAGAUGGAUUUACGCGGGUUUGAUUUUCUGUUUUCCAACUGCCUAUUCUGAAAGUAGUAUAUUAUAUCAGUGUGUUUGUGUGUGUAAUUGAAUCUCCUGCAGUGUAACAGUUUCUUAACAAAUGGCUGCAUAGUUUUGUACAGACCACAUUGCAGUGAUGGUGUGGGCCGUGUUCCUGGGUUGCAUGUGGUAGGGAUUCGGGCAUUGCAGUGCAGCAAUCCUCUCCACAAAUGUACACUUGUUUUGUUAUGCAUAAUUUCCACUCCACAAAUGCAAACUUUGAUGCUUAUUUACGAUUUGUGUAUGUAAUUAUGUUUAAAAAAUACAGUCAUAUAUUAUUUGAUUAAUUUCAUCAAUAGUCGUUUCAACAGUGUAUUCUUUAGCGCAUUUUGUGCAUUUUAAAUGCAUUAACUCCUCUUUCACUACUUGCUGGAUUUCACUCAAACUUUCACAGAUGACAUACCAUAACAUUGAUAUGAUCUUGAAAAUUUUUUUUUUAGCUGGGGCAAGUUUUGGCUGAAUUAUUGCCUUUUGUCUGUUUUUUCCACAAAAUAUAACAUAAAUGUAGUUUAAAAAAAGUUGUUGUCAACUCCUAUUGAUCCUCUUGGUGGAUCUUGCUCAAACCUGCACAGUUGAAUGACCUAAAUGCGUCAAUGAUUGUUAUGCAAGGAAUAUCUGCUGCAAUAUGUUUUAGCAGAAUUAUUGCGCUUGAAUUGUUUUUCCGCCAUGAAAAUAUAUUCCCACAAUUUUGGGGUUUCAAUUUCUUUUAAAUGAUUAUAAAGAAAUAUAUUUUUGCUGCAACCAAUUUUGAAUGAUUGGUGGUUGAUAUUCUUGUUGGCACUGUGAAUUGAUUUUUUUAUUUAAUGAGAAAGCAUGCUAAAACAUGUUCAGGUUUAAAAUAAAAAAAUACUGCACCAGUUGUGUAUCACUGUUACACUUUGUAAUCAUUUGUAUUCUAUAAUAGCAAACUUUAUUGGGCAUAAGGAUCUUCAUUCAUAUGAACAAUAUUUGUGUUGUUAUAUUGUCAGUAACGUCGUCUUCAGAUCCUGUUGUUUUGUCACCACAUUGUCCUUGUUCCAUUGUUGAUGUUAAUUAACUUUUGAGUCGUUCUUGAAUCCACAAUAGUGUUUUAUCAAGCAAGUCUCAAUAUUGAGUAGUUCUUGAAGGCACACAAGUGUCCUGUCAAGUAAGUCUCGAAAUUGAGUAGUUCUUUAAGGCACACUAGUGUUCUAUCAAGCAAGUCUCGAAAUUUAGUAGUUCUUCAAGGCAUACUAGUGUUCUAUCAAGCAAGUCUCAAUAUUGAGUAGUUAUUCAAGGCACACUAGUGUUCUAUCAAGCAAGUCUCAAUAUUGAUUAUUUCUUCAAGGCACACUAUUGUUCUAUCAAGCAAGUCUCAAUAUUGAGUAGUUUUUUAAGGCACACUAGUGUUCUAUCAAGCAUGUCUCAAUAUUUAGUAGUUUUUCAAGGCACACUAGUGUUCUAUCAAGCAAGUCUCAAAAGUGAGUAGUUCUUCAAGGCACACUAGUGUUCUGUCAAGCAAGUCUCAAUAUUGAGUAGUUCUUGAAAGCACACUAGUGUUCUAUCAAGCAAGUCUCAAUAUUGAGUAGUUCUUUAAGGCACACUAGUGUUCUAGCAAGCAGGUCUCAAUAUUGAGUAGUUCUUCAAGGCACACUAGUGUUCUAUCAAGCAAGUCUCAAUAUUGAGUAGUUCUUGAAGGCAGACUAGUUUUCUAUCAAGCAUGUCUCAAUAUUGAGUAGUUUUUCAAGGCACACUAGUGUUCUAUCAAGCAAGUCUCAAUAUUGAGUAGUUUUUAAGGCACUCUAGUGUUCUAUCAAGCAAGUCUCAAUAUUGAGUAGUUAUUUAAGGCACACUAGUGUUCUAUCAAGCAUGUCUCAAUAUUGAGUAGUUUUUCAAGGCACACUAGUGUUCUAUCAAGCAAGUAUCAAUAUGGAGCAGUUCUUCAAGGCACACUAGUGUUCUAUCAAGCAAGUCUCAAUAUUGAGUAGUUCUUUAAGGCACACUUGUGUUCUAUCAAGCAAGUCUCAAUAUUGAGUAGUUCUUUAAGGCACAUUAGUGUUCUAUCAAGCAAGUCUCAAUAUUGAGUAGUUCUUCAAGGUACACUAUUGUUCUAUCAAGCAAGUCUCAAUAUUGAGUAGUUCUUUAAGGCACACUAGUGUUCUAUCCAGCAUGUCUCAAUAUUGAGUAGUUUUCAAGGCACUCUAGUGUUCUUUCAAGCAAGUCUCAAUAUUGAGUAGUUCUUCAGGCACUCUUGUGUUCUAUCAAGCAAGUCUCAAUAUUGAGUAGUUCUUUAAGGCACACUAGUGUUCUAUCAAGCAAGUCUCAAUAUUGAGUAGUUCUUUAAGGCACACUAGUGUUCUAUCAAGCAAGUCUCAAUAUUGAGUAGUUCUUGAAGGCACACUAGUGUUCUUCCAAGCAAGUCUUGAUAUUAUGUCAUGUAUUGCUACAGAUUUUUAAACUGUCAAAAAUGUCAAAUCGUAAAUAUUUAUAAAAUUGUAUGAUAUAUUAGAUAAAUUAUGCAAAUA